AAGAAAAUUCAUAAUGUCAUUAUUGAAUACUGUAAAACUCCUACGUGUUUUGCGCAUUAGUGGUGUUACGUUUUGUAUUAUAUCCAAAACUACCCACUGACAAAAAUAGUUAUGAUCACAAAUAUGACGUGGAACUAGCACUGGUUAAUUCAGAACUAAUGACUUUGAGUAACCACCAAGAAAUAUUCAACGAAUACCAAACAGAAUCUUACCUAAAAACAUUUAACAAACAUUUCAUGAAAGGCGAUGUUCCCAAAGUAGGAAAAAUCGCGUCAUUUGGUAUCGCAGUGCUGGCAAAGUAUGCCACGGAUGACCAUUUGAAAGAAUAUUUACACGUAGCAGAAGAUCUAAUCCGAAAAGUUGAGGACAAAUUGGGCGCCAUUAAAAUCGGAUCCGAUAAAAAGGUUCCUUGGGGCUGUGAUUGGUUCGACUUUUCUGUUUUAUUGACACGGAUGCUUGCAAUGUACGAAUACCUCGGAGAAGACAAAGAAGUGAAGACGAUUUGUGGCCGUAGGAUUAUCGAAAUAAUUCCGGAACUUAACAAAUCAUUGGGCUGGACACGGAAUGGCUUUGAAUUUGUCUAUAUUGCGAUCCCGCGUAUGAUGACUAAUUACCUGAAUGAUCGUGAGUUGUAUGACUCGGAAGCUCGAGACCAAAAAAACCUGUUUGAAUCGCUUAGUAGGAUUUUUAACAUAACCUACAAUACUGAAGACGAUGGCAAAGAUGGUCUGUAUAGAGACGGUUCAUAUCUAUACCGAAGUGUAGCGACUUACUCAUAUUUAGCAUCGCUUGGGAAUUUUUAUGGGACUGUUUACCGGGCAUUGGGCUUUGAAACUAACAUAGAUGGCAAAGUGACUGAACUAUUGGACAAAAUUCAGCAUCCAGAUAUGGAUUUUGUACCCUAUGGUCUGUUUGGUCGGGAGCCUAAGAUAACUUGCAAUGAUAUUUUGAAAUAUUACUGGCCGAAAUAUAGAAAAAAAGCAAAGUUAGGCGUCAUUAUAUUUCCUUACAUUGGUCUCGGUGUAUUUAAAUCACCGAAAUUCGUAUUUUCGUUGCGUGUCCAACGUGAGGACAUUGCGGCCUACGAAAGCGAUCCAGAUAAUUUUGAAUUUGCCGCGGGAUGGAUUCAAAUGCGUAAAUUAUAUCUUACAGACGUCGAUUACAGUAAAUAUGAAAAUGUAAUGAAAUGGCCUGAACUUAAAUUACAACCAGGUGUGAUAUCAUUUGUCGAUGAUAAAUACAAUAAAUUUGACAAUUUGAAACCUGCAACCGGAUCAUUGGCUCAUUUAUGCCAAGACGUCAGAUCGUACAUCGGACAUUUGACUGAUGAUAAUAAAAACUUGUUAUUCUGGAUCAAUAAUUAUAAGUUUGAUAAAAUUUAUGGUGAUUCCGAGGUGUUGGAAUACGGAAUUUGUACCGAUAACGGUUUAGUAAUGCAUUAUUCCGUAGACAAUAAAUUAGAGGGUCGUGAAUUGAAACUCAGAGUAAAAGACGAUGAUAUUAAAGGCGAUCCCCAAAUGUAUAUUGAAACAGUUCCAGACUUAGAUGAAAACGGUUGCUUUACUUUCCGAACAAGGGGAACUUAUCGUUGGCGCCAAGUGUUUGAUACAAAUGUUGAACCUACUAGAAUAUUCAUUGAUUCAUUGAAGCGUGUUUCAUUUAAAUUCAAUGAGAAAUUCUUCGAAAUUAUUUUAAGUGAUGACAAAUUCUACUACACUAUUAAACGUGGUCUUGAUAUAAUUCUUGCUGGCAGCUCGCACAGCGAUCCCAAUGAUAGGUAUGAGUUAAAUGGCAAGAAUUUCAUAAGAAAUCCCAAUACUAUGAUGUAUGAAGUCGUUGAGUAAUUGGAUAUAUUUAUUGAAAACAAAUUUAUCAUAUUGAAUUUUUAAUUUAUCUUCGAGGAAAUCCAGGGAGGCAACAACCCCAGCAGAUCCGAAUUACCGUAAAU